UGGCUUUUCUUUAGAAUUCCUGAACGUUACAAUAUUAUUGGUCACGAGGCCUUUCUCGUUUUUCAUGCGUACAUGCUCAUUUAUCUUGAAAACCUUUGUUGUUGUUGUUCAAACUUGGUUGAAGCUGUUGAAGACCUCGGUCAGUCUUCACAUAAACAUAUUUUGGACAACUUUGUGUGGAUAAUUGCAAUUGUCUCUCUUCCUGGACGAAUUUUAGCUGCUUUACGAAGGGGAAGGCAGUUGCAACAAUUUUUUCAAUUUCUGGAAAUCGAGUUUGAUAAUGUUUUGCUGGAAAGAAAGGAGCUCCAAAAACAAUUCCAGGCUGCUUUGAAGGAGCAUAAGAUGAUGGAAUUGAUGUUGGACGAACUUGAAAUGAUACAUGAAAAGGCAACCAACAAGAUUGCACUCUUAGAAAGUGAGACCAAGAGCAUAAUGCUGUUGAGUGAAGGAAUAGCGUGAUAAGAGG